CUCAUUUCCAUUAUUCCAUACAAUAAUUUAAUUUCCAAAAAAAUGGGCUACGAAGUCGAGGUCACCGUCGCCUCCGCCAAAAACCUCAAAAACGUCAACUGGCGCCGCGGCAAUCUCCGCCCCUACGCCGUCCUCUGGAUCGACCCCGCCAAUAAGUGUUCCACACGCGCCGCCGACGCCGCCGGCGAAGAUCCCGUCUGGGACGACAACCUCAUCAUCCCCUUCAUCUCCCCGCUCCACGACGCCACUCUCUACAUCGACGUCGUCCACGCCGCCGCCGCCGACGACGACGGGACUAAGCCCAUCGUCGGCUCCGCCAAGCUCCCCCUCCGCGACGUCGUCGACGCCGUCGGCUUCGCCGCCCGGUUCGAGAAAAACCUGGAGCUGAAGCGCCCCUCCGGCCGGCCGCAAGGCAAGGUCGAGGUCCACGUCAGCGUCCGGGAGCCGGGCCACCGCGCGCCGGAGCCGUACUACGCCGCCAAUCCGUACGGCGUCCCUCCGCCGGAGGCCCGGGGGUAUGAGAAUCCAUACGGCGCGGCUCCUCCGUACGGGCAGCCGGGCGGGUACUACGAACAGCCCGGGUAUUACGGGCAGCCCGCGGCGGCGGCGGCGGCCGGAGAGGAGCAUAAGAAGAGCGGUAGUAAGUUUGGAAUGGGGACGGGAUUGGCGGUGGGCGCGGCGGCGGGGCUGGUCGGCGGCGUCGCUUUGGCGGAGGGAUUCGAUGCGCUGGAGGACCACAUAGCUGAUGACGUGGCGGAGCGUGUGGAGGACGAUUAUGCGGACGGUGGAGAUGACGAGGAUUUCUAAGUGGGAAUUUUAGAUGAUCAGCCACUCGCGUGCUUCCACGUGGCUGUCUUUUAUUGGUGGUUUUGUUCUGUUAAGAAGAAAAUUGUCCCUUUUCGAUUUUACACCGUUUCUUCCAGCGAAAUAAUUUGUUGUUAUUUCGGUUUGUAAAGUUUUUAUAAAAAAUAAAAGUAAAACUCUAACAAAUUAUACUUCAAAA